AUGAGUCUAAUGCAGUGGAUGUUUGGGAAGACUCAAACUCCACAGGAGAGACUGAAAAAAAAUCAACGUGCAUUAGAGAAAACUCAAAGAGAACUGGAAAGAGAGAAAAGAAAACUAGAGGUCCAAGAAAAGAAAUUAGUUGCUGAUAUUAAAAGAUCUGCUAAGAAUGGACAAAUAAAUGCAGCUAAAAUACAAGCUAAAGAUUUAGUAAGGACUAAAAACUACAUCCAAAAAUUUGAUAAUAUGAGAACUCAGUUACAAGCAAUAUCAUUAAGAAUACAAGCGGUAAGAAGUAGCGAUCAAAUGUCCACAUCGAUGCGUGAAGCUACCAUUUUAUUAUCAGGUAUGAAUAGAUCAAUGAACCUUCCACAGUUACAGAAUAUUGCAAUGGAAUUUGAAAAGCAAAGUGAUCUCAUGGAUCAAAGGCAAGAAUUUAUGGAUGAAUCUAUUGACAAUGUAAUGGGUGACGAAUUGGAUGAAGAUGAAGAGGCUGAUGAGAUUAUCAAUAGAGUAUUAGAUGAAAUUGGCGUUGAUUUAAAUGCUCAACUACAAAAUACACCUCAACACGUAGUCGAAAAUAAUGAAAAGGAGGAGUCUAGACAAUUAGUUGGAGAAGCCAUUGGGGGACCUGAACUAUCUUCAAGUGGUAAUGUUGAUGAUGAGUUACAGGCAAGAUUAAAUAGUCUGAAGCGUUAA